AUGGAAGUUGGGACUUUGACGAUGGUUGAAUUGGGUGGGAUUGAAACUGAUACCGAUGCACAACACCCACGUGAACUUCGUGAGGACAUCAAUCUUUAUUCUCGACACACUAUAUGGGUGACGUAUAGGAAAAAUAUGAAGGAGUUGCCAGGAGGGCGGACGAGUGACUCUGGGUGGGGGUGUAUGAUCCGUUCGAUGCAAAUGGCUUUGGCUCAAUCCUUUGUCUCACUAGUCAUGGGCAAUUCCUGGAAGUUCACGAAGACUGGAUUUCAAGUCGAGCGCAACAAAUUUCAUCUGCGGUGUAUCAUCAAUUUGUUUGGGGACGGGCCAGGGUCCCUCUUUUCGAUUCACAACUUAAUAUCACGGUCUACAACAAGAGGCGUUGGUGAUGGGAAGUGGUGGGGGCCUUCUUUUGCAUCGGAAAUAGCUGCAGACCAUUUGAAUACCAUUCACGUCUUUAGAACACGGGGGUAUGUCGCUCGACUGGGAAGAAUAGUGAAACCCGACAUCCUCGACAUUUCUGAAGACAAUGGCAAUAUACUUCCUACUAUCAUUUUUGUCCCUUUAAGACUUGGUCCAGUCAAUGCUGAAGAGGACUUUAGACCAAUACUAAAAAAGGUCUUUGAUAUACCACAGUGCGUCGGGAUGGUUGGGGGAAAACCAAAUUUGGCAUUCUUCUUCCACACCUUUGACGGAAAUUUGUUGUAUUAUUUGGACCCCCAUACAACACAAAAUGCAGUGAGUAUGGACGGCGGGUGGAGCGCCGAGAGUUAUUUCUGUAACGAUGUCAAAAGCAUGAAAUAUAAAAAUUUGGACCCUUCAGUCUCCCUGUUAUUUUUAAUUAAAAAUAAAGACGACUUCAACAAGUUCGAGGACAAUUUUAAAACAGACACUUUUAGUAAAUUGUUUGUCUUCAAAAACGAGAGGGAGGAAAAGGGAAUGGACGAAAUAAUGGCUAUAGAAGACGAUGACGUCGUCAUGCUCGAUAUUUGA